ACUUUAAAUUGCCACAGAAUGAAGCCUGCCCUCUUCAGUGUCCUGUGUGAGAUCAAUGAAAAAACAGGUUUGAGGACACAAAGUGCCCAUCAAGAGGAUCCUCCAGACCCUCAAAUCAGGCGACUGGACAACAUGCUGUUGGCGGAGGGUGUUGCAGGUCCAGGGGAGGGUGGAGUGUCUCAAACAGGGGUUGAUGCUGCUGCAGCAGGAUGGUUGCCUCAUGACAGAAGUGCUGAACUCGACGACUACAGAGAAAAGCUUGCUCAGAUACGGCAGAUUUACCACACAGAACUGGAAAAAUGUGAACUGGCAUGCAAUGAACUCACCAGCCACGUGAUGAACCUAUUGAGGGAGCAGGCGCGUACGCGACCCAUCUCACCCAACCAGAUUGAGCGACUGGUCUCAAUCAUCCACCGCAAGUUCGACGCUAUCCAGGUGCAGUUAAAGCAGAGCACGUGUGAAGCUAUCAUGAUUCUACGCUCCAGGACCAUGGAGCCCAGGCGGAAGCGAAGGAACUUCAGCAAACAGGCCACAGAAAUUUUUAAUGAUUAUUUUUACUCCCAUCUGGUAAACCCAUACCCUAACGAGGAGGUUAAGGAGGAACUGGCCAAGAAGUGCUUCAUCACUGUUGCGCAGGUGGCAAACUGGUUUGGAAACAAGAGCAUUCGGUAUAAGAAGAACAUUGCAAAGUUCCAGAAGGAAGCAAACCUGUAUGCUAUGAAAGCAGCUGUAGAUGCUGCGAGCGUGUCUUCACUUGCCAGCCAAGGCAGCUCCCAAGCUACACCAAACUCAGCAGGAGGAUAUCCAGCUCCAUGUUACAAACCCAACCAGAAAUUAUGA